CACAUGACUCUUUGACACAUCUCUAUAUGUUAUUGUUUGACGCGCACGAACAGUCAUUUUAUUUUGUUGGAAAUUUCAUUCCUUUCCUUGUCUAUUUCCAACCUCAAAAGAUGACAUUCACACUACGUAAGAAAGAUAUCUUAAUCGACAUCCUAGUAAGACUACCUGCAAAAUCCCUUGUUCGGUUUCUGUGUACAUGCAAGUCAUGGAUUGAUUUGAUUGGCAGCUCCAGUUUUAUCAGCACACACCUUCAUAGGAAUGCCACAAAACAUACCCAUGUCUAUCUACUAUGCCUCCACCACCCAAAUUUUGAACGAAACGACGACCCUGAUGACCCAUAUGUUGAACAAGAAUUUCAAUGGUCUCUUUUUUCCAAUGAAACAUUUGAGGAGUGCUCCAAGUUAAGCCAUCCCUCAGGGAGCACAAAACAUUAUGUGAUAUAUGGCUCAAGCAAUGGCUUAGUUUGCAUUUCGGAGGAGAUAUUGAAUUUCGAUAGUCCAAUACACAUAUGGAACCCCUCGGUUAAGAAAUUUAGGACUCCUCCAAUGAGCACCAACAUUAACAUUAAAUUUAGCCAUGUUGCUCUCCAAUUCGGGUUCCACCCUGGGGUUAACGACUAUAAGGCUGUAAGGAUGAUGCGUACCAACAAAAAUGCCUUGGCAGUUGAGGUUUAUAGUCUCAAAACAGACUCUUGGAAGAUGAUUGAAGCAAUUCCCCCUUGGUUAAAAUGCACUUGGCAGCAUCAUAAGGGUACAUUUUUUAAUGGAGUAGCAUACCAUAUCAUUGAGAAAGGUCCUAUAUGCAGCAUUAUGUCAUUCGAUUCAGGCAGUGAUGAAUUCGAAGAAUUCAUAGCACCGGAUGCCAUUUGCAGUCCAUCUGAGUUAUGUAUUGACAUUUACAAGGAACGAGUUUGCUUGCUUUUUAGCUUUUAUUCUUGUGACGAAGAGGGCAUGGUACCAAAUGACUUAUGGGUUCUGCAAGAAAAACGAUGGAAACAAUUGUGUCCUUUUAUUUAUCCUGCUGGUAGUUAUGGUACAAUCGGGAUAACUAUAGAUAAUAAACUCUUAAUGGUAAGAAGGGAUUUCCUUAGGGGCGCAGGAGAUCUGUGUUUGUGUAAUUACGAGUCCAAGCAAGUUUUUGAAACAGGAAUUGAGUUGGCCGUCAUGAAAUAUGGUGAAAUCGAAUUAUUGUUUGCAAUUACUUACAUAGAAAGUUUGGCUUUACUUAAUAAAUAUUGAAGUGACGAACAAAACGUUUGUCACUUUUUUGUUUGUUUUUCUUUCGAAUUAUUUUG